AUGGAUGUACUGCAGUCUAACGUCCGCCCGACCAGCACCCCCCAAAACACGCCUGCAAACGCCGCCCCGAUAUCGUCGCGCGCCCAGCAGCCCGGCGUCGGCACCAUCAAAGAAGAGGACAUGGAGCGCACUGCCGCCGGCCUGUUUGCUGCCAACCCCGCCCUCGUCGCCAUGAUGCAGAACAAGCUGGGCUCGCUCGUCGGCCGCUCGAGCGGCUACAUUGAGUCGCUGCCGGCCUCGGUCCGCCGCCGCGUGGCCGGCCUCAAGGGCGUCCAGAAGGAGCACUCCAAGCUCGAGGCUGAGUUCCAGGAGGAGGUGCUGCAGCUCGAGAAGAAGUACUUUGCCAAGUUCACACCGCUGUACGAGAUGCGCCAGAAGAUUGUCAACGGCGCCGAGGAGCCCUCAGAAGAGCAGGUCAAGAUUGGCGAGCAGCAGGACGAGGAUGACGACGACGAGGACCAGCCCGAGGCGGAGCUCAACAAGGACGAGGGCAAGGACGUCAAGGGCAUUCCCGAGUUCUGGCUGAGCGCCAUGAAGAACCAGAUCUCGCUCGCCGAGAUGAUCACAGACCGCGACGAGGCUGCGCUGCAGCACCUGACCGACAUCCGCAUGGAGUACCUCGACCGCCCGGGCUUCCGCCUCAUCUUCGAAUUCGAGGAGAACGAGUUCUUCACCAACAAGACCAUCACCAAGACGUACUACUACCAGGAGGAGAACGGCUACGGUGGCGACUUCAUCUACGACCACGCCGAGGGCGACAAGAUUGACUGGAAGGCCGGCAAGGACCUGACUGUCCGCGUGGAGAGCAAGAAGCAGAGGAACAAGAACACCAAGCAGACACGCGUUGUUAUUGCGGAUCGGCUCAGACAUCUUGGCGAAUGA